AUGACUUUUAAAUUGAACAAGAUAUCAUUGAUAUUGAUAACUAUAAAAACAAAGUCAACGAUUAGUAUUAUUUUAUAAUUAUUCGAAGAACACAGCAUGGUGCAGUUUAAAUUUGAAGGCGAUUUUGAUAUCCUUGGUGACCCUCAAAUAAAACUUGUUGAAAGUGUUCUUCGGAAUCGAGGAUACUCCAAUGGAACGGUUCUAGUAGAACAAGUUGGUAUAAAAGGGGAUAACUAUGUUGCUCAUGUGAAAAGGUUUACAUAUAAAUCUGAAGAAGGAUCCACGUUCAAGAUAAUCGGGAAAAUUGCACCGGCAGCAGAAGAACUUAGAAAUAUGAUGAAAACAAUGCUUCUAUUUAACAACGAAAUUGUAAUGUACGAUUCAAUAUUACCAAAACUAAAUGAUUUACAAAACAUAGUUGGCAAUGAAGAUAAAGUGAUAUUCCCUGCCUGUUAUGGAGUUGUGACUGAAGCACCCUAUGAAUUUAUUUUGCUUGAAGAUUUGAAUGAAUUAUACUUUGUAAUGUUGGAUAGAUUAAAACCUCUUACAAAUGAUAGCAUUAGAAUUGUUACCAAAGAUUUGGCGAUGUAUCAUUCGCUUUCAUUGGUGCUGAGAAAUAGCGAACCAGAAGUCUAUGAUAAUUUCGCGAAUAAAUUGACAAAUAUUUGGGCUGCGUGGGAUGCGGAACCACAAAUGCAACAGUUUAGUGAAGCCGCUGAGAACGAAAUUCUCGAAAUUAUAGAUGAUAGUGACAAAUAUAAGAACCUAGUGCUGGGCUCGAUUAGCAAAAUGGCCUCACAUGCAAGGGAUCAUGCAAGUUAUGAAAAGGACUCAAAAUACACCGUGAUCCAGCAGGGUGACUGUUGGAACAACAAUAUUUUAUUCAGGCUUGAGAACGGCACACCUGUACAAAACGUGAUGAUCGACUAUCAGUUAUCCAAAGAAGGCAGUCCUGCUGGCGACAUCCUGUAUUUCCUGUUCAAUUGCACAGAUCAUGCGACCAGAUUGAAAUACUACAAUGAAUGGAUCGACUACUACUACGAAAUUAUGGAGUCCACAUUGAAAAAGCAUGGCCUUGAAACAAGUACUGUAUUUCUUAAAGAGCGGCUCCUUGCAGAUUUAAAAAGAUACAGUAGACUUGCGAUUGGUUUAGGUCUGAUGCUCUCUUCAAUGUUAUCAAGGGAAUCAAAAGACACGUUUGAUUUUAAGGAGAUGUCUGGGGAUAAGGAUAAGAUGCUUGAGGAUGCCAUAGCAAACAUUUGCAAUCUGUCUUUGGAUCAAACUACUAUUGAAAGGUUGAAGGGAAGAAUUACCGGUAUCAUUGAUACUGUUCUUGAGCUUGGACUUCUUUAACUUUUGACCGAUUAAGUAGAAUUUUUCAACUAAAGUGCUUGUGUCCCUUGUGUCCCACCGCCGUAGCUAAUAUUAAACUGCGAUGAGAAUACGAUUGAGUACCAACUUAUAUUGAUUUAAACUAACACACACUCAUCAUUUUAGAACUAAACGAGACUUAAUCGCGUAUAUUUUUAAAAUAAUGCGUGGAAAUGUUUACGUUAUUCAAAUUAAAGAGAUUAUUAUUUGGAAAUUUAUAUUUAUCUGGAUUUAUGAUAUUAGAAACUGCCCAUGUUAUAGAAGAUCUUAAUAGGCUUUUUGACUGCACUAAUGGUCCCUCGUCCAAAAAAGAUAUCAUAAAGGGCAAAAGAGAAAUAUUUCCGAGAAAACAAACCACAUAGAAUUAUGGAGAAAUUAUAAAGAAAUCAUGACCAGUAUGUAUUUCCAAAAGUCUGACAGUUUUUUGAGACUGAAGAACGUACGAUGUGUACAGGGAUACGUUGCAACCUUAUCGUCUUUCGAAGACAUUUGGAAGUACGUUGAAUCAAAAGGAUUCAAAUACUUAAAUCUUCGACAGCUGAACCAAGACAGCUUAGAAAACCUUUUUGGAAUGAUUAGGCAACACUGUCCUACCAACCGGAACCCAACGUGCCAUCAUUUUACAGCUGCUCUGAAGUCAAAUAUAUUGACGAGACUAAGCACACCGGUUGGUAGAGGAGGAAAUUGUCAAGACGAUGAAAAUAACGCAAUUCUAAAUUUCGAAGAUUUCUACAAAAUUAUCAAAAAGACGGAAGAAACAGUGACACCUCAAGAUAAGGAAGCUCCUGCUUUACUCUUACCAGAAAAACGAAAGUGCCAGUCUUACAUUUACCUGAUACUCUUGAAUUUCUUGAGGAUGAUUUAGACUUUCUUUAGAAAUGAAAAGUAAUAUUUUCAAAUCGUUCGACAAACAGCCUACUGUGUAUGUCGCGGGAUAUUUAGCGUCAGUAGUGUUAAAAACAAUAGCGUGGGAUUGUGAGAACUGUACGCAAAGCUUAAAAACUGACGACAAGGAUGAACUGGACUCUUCAAUAUAUAGUUAUAUUAAACUUCGGGAGUGGUGGCCAGGCAAAACAAGCUUUACAUACCCAAUAUUAAAUCUUUGUUUACUCACAUACCUCACGUACAUGUACCUCACAUUUUGAAACCGAAAUUAAACCGAUCCUCCAUGAAGAGACACAUUACUCACCAAGCGGUUACAGUGAUGUUAAUGAAAUGCAAUAAUAUGCAAUGGAUAUGUGGUGAUCACAAAGAUGGUCUACUCCGUAUACUGCUAGUUCGUCUUUGUCAUCUGUUGAUCCGAAACGAAUGCCAUAAAGCAAACCUUUCCUUCGCAAAAUCUGAGGAACCAACUGCCGACAUUAUUAAAAGGUCGCAACAACAAGGUAUAUCAAAAUGAUUAAUGAUUUAUUUGAUUGAUUGAUGAUAUAAUAGUUACCCUUUGCUGGCACAAAACCUUUUUUGAUCAAUUUUGCUUCCAUCAAAGGAUUCCUUCUCUAAGUGAUCAUGAAUCUACAACCAUAUCUUUCUUUAUGAUGAGCUUAGUGAUGAAAUUAAAGAAGAACUUUGUGCCAAACGCGAUCGUCGGCUAUAGCUGUAUCAAACUCAAUUGGAAAUGCCUUUUGCUUAUUUGGCCACCCUUUGACUUGCCCGCCGGUGCUCAAAGAUGUGCCAUGUAAUCUAAUAAACUAGAAAUCGUUUUGUUGGUUACUUUAUUUUCAAUUCGUAGUCUUUUUGGUACAGUACAGAAGGAGUAGUAUAAAACCGACAUGAAUUGAUGAAUGCCAACUUUCCGUAAAUUUCGCCACCAAUAAUAGUACCAGUAGCAAAAUAAGAUACACUCUUAAAGCAACAGGAACAGAUUGCCUGCUAAACAAGUACUUUUUUCCCGAAUUUAUCCAUUUUUAUGGUUCUCUCCUCAUCUAGCACAUACUCUCCUACAACGUCAUUGUGGCACUGGGGUCCCGGUAAUGCAAUGAGUAAAUAAUAAAGAGGCGAGGCCCUAUUCUACUAUAUACACUUUGUCUUAUACAAAUAUAUAUGAAAUCAACACAGCAAUAUGAAAACGAAUGCCACUUCUUUCUAUUCAAUAGCCGGUCGCGUAAGAUGAAAGAGACAACGUGACAUUUGAUUGUUCUGAAUUUUGGUACAGUUUGACAUUACUACCUCAGCGUGCCUUGAGCGUGCCCAGUCGCCAUUUUAGUUGCCACUUUUUUAUGGUAGAUCGGCUGUCAAGAGGACAAGAAGUUUUCAGUUUUAAGAGUGUAUUUCGUGGAUAUAUCAGUUUUUGCAUGUGGUUUUGUACUGUAGACUUAAAGAAAUGCAAUGGCAAUAUGCCUUCGUGUUCAAUUAAACAGUGUGGUGCACGUAAAUCUAAAAAUCGACCGAAUUUGACUCUUCAUAGGUUAGUAAUCAUUUUUCACCAAAAAGUGUCAUUAUGUUUAAAUUUUGUGCUAAUUUCUAUGAUUAUUACGAUUACUUUUCAUGUCCUUGAUAAGAAUGUUGGCAACCGAGUGUAGCAGCGGCGCCACCUAGCGACGGCGCGCCAAACUACAACGAAUGUCAACAUAACGCGACGGCUCGGAAGGCGCCAUCUACCUGGCGGCAAAAAAACUGCUUCGACUAGUUAGGGAGAAGUAGGCUGGUUGAUUGUAGGUUAUGUUGCGUUUGAUUUUAUAUUAAAAUAAAGUGUAAUUAUUGCUUUGAAUAUAAUAGAAGUUUUAAACGUCACA